AUGUUUUUGCGAGUUGCUCUGGUAACUGGUGUUGUUCGAGCUUUGAAAUCUCGAAAUCUCACAUUGCACUUUAUUGGUCCUUAUCAGACUAUGAAACGAGUAGGAGACAUGGCCUAUAGAGUUGCAUUGCCACUAUUUCUUUUGAAUUUUCAUGAUGUCUUCCAUGUGUCGCAGUUGAAGAAGUAUAUUCUUGAUCCGUCCCAUGUGAAUCAAGUGGAUGAUGUACAAGCUAGAGAGAAAUUGACCAUUGAGGCAUCUCCCUUGAGAGUGGAGGAUCGUGAAGUGAAGUACUUGAAAGGUAAGGAGAUUGUGCUGGUGAAGGUGGUGUGGGAAUGGCCUGUUGUAGACAGCAUGGCGUGGGAGAUGGAGAGUCAGAUGAGAGAGUCGUAUCCGACUCUGUUCCAUUCAGAGCAAAGUUAUGUAUUGUGGAUUUUGAACGGAAUAAAGUUACCAACUGAAUACGUUGCCAUGGAUGAAGGUGAAGAGGAAGAAGACGAAUGCGGAUUAGAGGAGAGGAAGAAGAAGAAGUUCAAAUUGCAAAAUCAAUUUAUUUUUGGAUUUAGUCAUUAG